AAUCAAGCGCAACACACACAACUCAUUUUAUGCAUAAACAUUUAGCUGUAGUAGACUAUAAUUAUAACACUGUGAAUUACCAUAGCUAAAUAUGAGUGGGGUCUAGCAAGAAUGUCACUGUAGAUUGUACGGUUGCACGGUAGUAAAACUUAGUUACUAUACUUCGGCUAACAGCAAUAGUCAACAUACCUUCAUCAAUUAAAGGAUGCCUACUGUCAGACGUCGCGCUGCUAAAGAGACAGGUGCGUCCAGCGGACAGUCUCAUGCUGCAGAACCAGCAUCAGAAAUAGAGCCAUCUUCAGAGGUGUCUGUCCCAGAAAAUGACUCUGACAGUGACUUUGAGGAGUCAAAGGUAGUUGGUAAAGGGAAAAGGAAGAGGAAGGAUGAGGGACCGCCUGCUAAACGGAAAAAGGGAGAAAUUCCAUCUGCAACACGCAAGAAAAGUCAGGAAGAAGAAAGAGGAUCAGGAAGUCUUUUUGAGGUUGUCAAAACUGGAAAAGCUUCUCUGCAGGCUGUUGUGGAUGACUGGAUCGAAGGGUACAAGCUGGAUCGUAAUGCUGCCCUUUUGGAGCUGAUACAGUUCUUUAUCCAAUGUUCUGGUUGCCGUGGGCAGAUCACUCCAUACAUGUAUGCAAACAUGGAGCAUGCUGAGAUUAUCCGAAAAAUGACAGAGGAGUUUGACGAGGAAAGUGGUGACUACCCUCUUAUAAUGACUGGCCCUCAAUGGAAGAAGUUUCGUUCUGGCUUUUGUGAGUUUGUGCAAGUUCUGGUGAGGCAGUGCCAGUAUAGCAUCAUUUAUGAUCAAUAUAUGAUGGACAAUGUUAUCUCUCUUCUCACGGGCUUGACGGAUUCCCAGGUUCGUGCAUUCAGGCACACAAGUACACUGGCAGCCAUGAAGCUGAUGACUGCUCUAGUAGAUGUGGCCUUGAACCUGAGCAUCAACCUUGACAACACACAAAGACAAUAUGAAGCUGAGCGUGCCAAGCAGCAGAACAAACGUGCUGGCGACCGACUGGAGUUGCUUAUGACAAAGCGACAGGAGCUUGAGGAGAAUCAGGCAGAAAUUCGCAAUAUGCUGACGUACAUUUUUAAAGGUGUUUUUGUCCAUCGUUACAGAGAUACUCAGCCGGAAAUCAGGUCAAUCUGCAUGACGGAAAUUGGAGUUUGGAUGAAGAAGUACCCUAAUAUGUUUCUUGAUGACAGCUACCUGAAAUACGUGGGCUGGACACUUUAUGACAAGGUUGGUGAUGUCAGGAACUGUUGCCUAAAAACUCUGGCACCUCUUCAUGAAUCUCCAGAUCUAGCAAGCAAAUUAGAACUUUUCACCAACAGAUUCAAGGAUCGGAUUGUUGAGAUGACAUUAGACAAAGAAUAUGAUGUGGCUGUUCAGGCUAUCAAGCUAGUCAUCAACAUUCUAAAAAACAGUGAUCAUGUUCUGACGGACAAAGAUUGUGAAAAUGUGUAUGAGCUUGUGUACUCCUCACACAGGCAAGUAGCACAGGCUGCUGGUGAGUUUCUCAAUACCAAGCUGUUCCAGCGUGAUGAUGAGGCUACAAAGCACCUUAAAACUGCCAAAGGCAAGAAAAGAAGUCCCAAUACACCUCUCAUUCGAGACUUGGUGCAAUUCUUCAUUGAGAGUGAACUACAUGAGCAUGCUGCCUACUUGGUGGACAGCCUCUGGGAGAUCAAUGAAAUGAUGAAAGACUGGGAGUGCAUGACAGACCUUCUGCUUGAAGAACCAGGCAGAGGCGAGGAACCUCUUGAUGACAGGCAAGAAACCAGUCUUAUUGAGAUCAUGGUAUGCUGUGUCAAGCAAGCUGCUACUGGGGAAUCCCCUGUUGGACGUGGUCCCAACAGAAAACUCACUGCCAGAGAAGCCAAGCAGGUGGCAGAAGACAAGACUAAACUGACAGAGCACUUCAUAGUCACAUUGCCUCAGUUGUUACUUAAGUACCUCAUGGAUCCUGAAAAAGUGGCCAAUCUCCUGCAAAUUCCUCUUUAUUUUGACCUGGACAUUUACACUUCCAGCAGACAAGAAAAGAAUUUAGAGGCUUUGCUGAGGUACCUUCAUGAAAUUGUAGAGAAGCAUACAGAUGGUGAGGUGCUGGAAUCCUGCUCUCGGUGCUUUGAAAACCUCUGUAGUGAAGAGUAUGCUAUUGCAGGGAAAUGUGAUGUUGCUCGCAAGACACUUAUUGAUAGCCUUGUUGUCAAGUUCCGUGACUCCGUCCAAGAAUUUUUUGCUGAGGGAGAGCAGCCAGAUGAUGAAGAAGUUUUUGCCCUUCUUGCAAGUCUCAAGCGCAUUUAUGCCUUUUAUUGUUGUCAUGAUCUGACCAACUGGGAAUUGUGGGAGGACCUGUUUCAUAUUAUCAAGACAGCAAAUGAAGGUGCCAGCAUUUCAGAAGAUAUUAUUUGUCGGUCUGUUGCUGCCUGCUCAAUGGCUAUCUUGUGGUAUCGUCAUCGUAUUAAUGAAGACAACCCAGACAAGGAACAAAUGAAAAUUCUGAAGCAGCGCUUAGAUAACUACCUGAAGAACUGCCAUGACUUAUUGUUCCACCACCAUGAGAAAGUGGGUGCAGAGGCAUAUGUGUCCAUAUGUGACCUGCUGAUAGUGUUUAGCAAACACCUGGGAGACAACCCAAAUUUAAAGCCCCUUGUGUUUGAAGUGGAUCGCAGGCUACAGUCACACCUAAGCAACUUCCUUACAGAGAAAGUCUUCGUGGAGGAUGAUGAUGAUGAUGUAGAUGAAAAUGUCAAAAUUGAAGAGCUGCACAAGCGGCGGAACUUCCUUGCCUGUUUCUGCAAGCUCGUUGUCUACAACGUCAUCAGCAUCAAAGUGGCUGCAGAUAUGUUUAAACAUUACAUGAAAUUCUACAAUGACUAUGGUGACAUUAUUAAAGCUACACUUAGCAAAGCUAGAGAAAUCAACAAAGUCAACACUGCCAAAACUCUUGCCAUGAGUCUAACACAGCUGUACAAGGAGCUGCAGGCUGAACAAGGAGAGAUCGACAGAUCCUCUGACGCCUUCCAGUCAAUCAAAGAACUGGCAAGGCGUUUCUCCUUGUCCUUUGGAUUGGACCAGGUGAAAAACAGAGAGGCCGUAGCAGCCAUGCACAGGGAAGGAAUUGUGUUCAGUCUUACACUACCAGAGAACUCGCAACCUACCACUGGUGCUCCCCCCAACCUUUCCUUCAUGGAAGUGCUGUGCGAGUUCACCAACAAACUCAUGAAGCAAGAUAAAAAGACAGUGCUAAACUACCUCAACAAACAUCUUGCUGGUGGAGUCCCUGCAAAUCAUGGGGAUGAAUGGCAACCCCUUUGGACUUACCGAAACUCGCUGUUGCAGGGAGAAGAGCAAAUCAACCCAAUCACCCUCAAGCAAGCAUCUGCCAAGCGCUACGGCAAACGGCGUGUUGAUGCAUCUGGGGACAUUUCGUCCAGCAGUUUUGGUGACGCCCAAACACCUGGUCCCAUGGGCAUGCCACAGAUGACCUCAACAGCUACCAAACGGCACCACCCUGAAAUGGAUGAUAUGUCUGAGCAAGGUUCUGAAGCAGACUUCGAUGAUGUCCACAUCAAUUUUGUGUCACGAAGCACAGGUACGGCAGGUCAGUCUGGAGGUGCUUCGGUGGUUCCACCUGCGCAGGUGUCCUGGAUGAACAAUCAAAAACACCAACAGCAGCAACCCCAGCAGCAGGAUGUACAACGACAGCUUGAUCCUAACUACUCUCGUCACAUGCAGCCUUUGACCCAGACGGCACAGAUGAAUUUGUCUUCAGAAGGAGCAGCCAUCAGCGAGUAUGAUACACCAUCAUCCGUCAGCAGCAGCAGUUCUAGCCAGCAGCACAGCCUACAGUACUACCGCCACUCCCCACACCCACAGGCCAUGACCUCACAGGGUCAUGCUGUCAUGACCCCCCAGCCACAACAGCCAUUGACUCCACAGCAGCAGAGCCAGUACUAUCCCCACCAUGCAGGUGGGGGCAGCGGAGGGGCUAUUUUUGAGGAGGGAUCUUCCUCCCAGUAUAUAGACGAUACAUCGCACCAGCAACAGCAGCCGCCUCACAUGGUACCUCCUGCUUACUCUGAUCUGGGCAGUCACAGCAGUUACUAAAAUCACACCAGCAAGUCGACAUAAUCCCAUCCACCAUGACUGCAAAUUAGGAACCAGGAAGAUGCCUGCCUGAUAUCACUUUCUGUGCAGCUUGAUACAGCAAUGUCCAGACAGCAAAUCUGGGACUCCACAACCUCUCUAAGCAUUUGCUUUGUGUUUGCUGCUCAACUCAGAAUGUGACAUUGAAGAACUAGUGGGUUGCAAAAUCUUUUUUGAGCAUGUCUAACAGGGUAAAGCUUGACUCAAGAUGCUAUUUCCCAAAGUGUGGGUGUAUACCUACCUUCCAUUCUUAAGACAUAAGCUUGCAUACAGACAUCACCAUACACAGAAAAGCUUGACCUUUCAUUUGUACACUACAUGUAAUUUGUCAAAUCAAUGGUUCAAGCCUCAAGUGGGAGAUCACAGCAAAUGAACACACUUCUUAAAAGUCAAAUUUGGUUUACAGUCUAUGAUUCACCUUGUUAGUUAUUCAAAUCACACACACACAUACAUGCUGCACAUAUUUUGGUGCAUGUCAUCUUACAGCUUUGUCUACUCACUUGUUCAUUUUCAUGAUUUGAUUAUGUUACUUGUGCAUCGUCACACAUUGUACACUUUUUCAUUGCUGCAGUCCUUCUGCAAUAACACCAGUCCACAUUUCUAGGCGUUUUCAUAAUUUUAAAUUAAAAAUCAAAUUAUUUCUACUAUCUCUCAUUCAUGGUCCACUUUCAUAAUCUAACUUAUUAACUUAUUAAGGUGACAAGUCUUCUGUAGCUAAGUAUAGCUAUCAAAAUUGCAAGUUCCAAAAAUCAUUUGUUAAUGAUUAUCUAAUAUAAAGAGUUGAAUCUAGUCAUGAUUUAUGUGAACAGGAACAUGUUUCUGUCUCCUUAUAAUUAAAAAAAAAACUUGCUUGUUGUGUCUAAGUAAUCAUUGUUAUGUUGUACAGCAUUUCAUUAAAAAAAGAUGCAAUGUU